AUGGAACAAUACAACCGUACAACAGUGACUGAAUUUGUUCUCCUUGGUUUCCCCAAUGUAGAUGACAUCCAGAUUUGGCUCUUUACUUUGUUGUUGGUUGCCUAUCUCUUCACUAUUUUUGGCAAUUUGCUCAUUUUCCUGGUCAUUCGACUUGAUUCUGCACUUCACACCCCCAUGUAUCACUUUGUCAGUGUCCUUUCCUUUUUGGAGUUAUGGUAUACGGCCACCACAAUCCCCAAGAUGCUGGCCAAUUUACUUAGUGAGAAAAAGACCAUUUCCUUUGCAGGUUGCCUCUUGCAGACCUACUUCUUCCAUUCCCUUGGGGCUUCUGAAUGCUAUCUCCUCACAGCCAUGGCCUAUGACAGAUACUUGGCUAUCUGCAGGCCCCUUCACUACCCAGCAAUCAUGACUCCAGCACUCUGUGCCAAGAUGGCUGCAAGUUGUUGGACUUGUGGCUUCCUAUGUCCCAUCUCUGAAGUUAUCUUGGUCUCCAGACUCCCGUUUUGUGGCUACAAUGAGAUACAGCAUAUCUUCUGUGACUUUCCACCCCUGCUGAGCCUGGCUUGCAAGGACACAUCCACCAAUGUAGUGGUGGAUUUUGCCAUCAAUAGCUUUAUUAUCAUCAUUACCUUCCUUUUCAUCAUGGCAUCCUAUGGACGAAUAAUUGGGGCUGUGCUGAAGAUCAAGACAGCAUCAGGACGGAAGAAAGCCUUCUCUACCUGUGCUUCCCACCUCAUAGUGGUUCUAAUUUUUUUUGGUAGCAUCAUCUUUAUGUAUGUUCGAUUGAAAAAGAGCUAUUCACUGACACUUGACCGGACCUUGGCUGUUGUCUACUCUGUGCUCACACCAUUGGUCAACCCUAUAAUCUAUAGCCUUCGCAACAAAGAGAUCAUGAAAGCCAUUAAGAGAACUAUCCUCCAGCAGGGGGGACCAGCCAGCCCUGCACAUGCUUAG